AGCCUCUUAUGUAUGUCCCUUAAAUUUGCAGAUCAUCGAAGGUCAGGGUUAUAUCAUGGAAGUGAGUGGAUGGACUGUUUUCUGUAACAAUUCAAAGUGUGCAGAGGAUGCUGGAAGGACUUGCAGUUCUGGUUUUUCAGCAAUAUUCAGUUCAUAUUCAUGUGUCAAUCAUGCCUUUGUAAUUUGUGUCGAUAUCCUGCUUCUGUCAAUCUCCUUAUUCAUCACCAUCUAUAAGUUAACCAGAAAGAAGGGUGGAGCAACCUCUCAAUCUCAUUGCUUUUCUUCACUACUACUUUUCUCAGCAAUUCUCAAUGGCAUUUUGGGUGCUGCUUACUUUGGCUGGGGGAUAUGGGUAAUUAUCCAGAAGCUGAGUGCUGAUCACACAAUUUUGCCUCUAAAUGGAUGGUUAGUAGUGUUCUUUCAAGGAUUCGCGUGGUUUCUGAUGAGCUUAUUCAUAAGCCUUAAUGCGGUAAAUCUUCCUCCUAUAAGAUCAGUGAAACUCUGUUCAACUCUUGCCUUCUUGUAUGCGGGAUUUCUCUGCAUUUCAUCUUUUCAAGAGACCAUUACAGAUAGAACCAUCUCAGUUAAGAUCAUUUUGGAUAUUUUAUCUUUUCCUGGGUCAAUUUUACUGCUUUUCUGUGCCUUUAAACAACAUGAUUCUGUGGAUACUUAUCCAGUAAAUGCUGAUGCUUGCUAUACACCCUUGCAAGGAGAGGGCCCUGAUGUAAUUGGUCAAAUCGCUUCUUGUCCUGUUACUCCCUUUGCAAAAGCUGGAUUUUUCAAUGCAUACAGAAUAGGUGAGUACCCGUAUUGGUUUCAUCAAAUAUGGUCAACAAGCCUUCGGUUAUGCCUUGCGUUGUUUAUUGUGUACUAUUCUGUGGGAUGGGCAAGUGUUCCGGCUUUAAUUGCUAUUGUUUUGACUGUUGCUGCGUGUUCUCCACUGGUCAAAUUACAACAUGAGUAUCAGAAAAAGCUAAUGGUGGCACAAGGUAAAAGGCUAAAGGCUAUCACAGAGGCGCUUGCAAAUAUGAAGGUCUUGAAGCUGUAUGCAUGGGAAACACAUUUCAAGAAUGUUAUAGAAGGGCUGAGGAAAGAAGAAUUCAAGUGGAUAUCAGGUGUUAUGGCACAAAAAGGGUGUUAUCUGGUUCUGUUUUGGUCAUCUCCAACUAUAGUACCGGUUGUUGCCUUCUGGACAUGCUAUUUCCUCGGUAUUCCACUUGAUGCUGCAAAUGCCUUCACAUUUCUAUCUUGUCUCCGCAUUGUUCAGGAGCCAAUUACGUUGAUUCCAGAUGUUCUUGGAGUGUUAAUUGAAGCAAAGGUUUCCCUGGAUCGGAUUGUGAGGUUUCUUCAGGAACCAGAAUUGACAAACAGAAAUCUACGGCAGAAGUGCGAUGACAUAGUGUUUGAACACUCUGUUUUUAUCAGGUGCACUGAAAUUUCUUGGGACACUAAUCCUUCCUCCAGAGCCACUUUAAGGAACAUAAACUUGACAAUUAAACCUGGGGAAAAGGUUGCUAUUUGUGGAGAAGUUGGCUCAGGCAAAUCAACUCUUUUAGCAGCUGUUCUUGGAGAAGUUCCAAAUAUCAAUGGCAUUGUUGAUCAUCAUGGAAAAAUAGCAUAUGUUUCUCAGACAGCAUGGAUCCAGACAGGGAGUAUACAAGAAAAUAUUCUGUUUGGCUUAGUGAUGGAUCCGAUUAGAUAUGCAACAGUGCUCCAGAAGUGUUGCCUGGUAAAAGAUCUGGAGAUGCUUCCAUACGGGGACCUUACCGAAAUAGGUGAAAGAGGUGUUAAUCUUAGUGGUGGACAAAAGCAGCGGGUUCAGCUAGCACGGGCAUUGUAUCAGGAUGCAGAUAUCUAUCUCUUGGAUGAACCCUUCAGUGCAGUAGAUGCACAUACUGCAACAAGACUUUUCAAUGACUAUAUCAUGGGAGCUCUGUCAGGGAAGACAGUAUUACUCGUGACACACCAAGUUGAUUUUCUUCCAGCUUUUUCUUCUAUCUUGUUGAUGUCUGGUGGAGAAAUUAUAAGAGAUAAUACUUACGAUGAGCUUCUGUCUUCAAGUCAAGAAUUCCAGGACCUUGUAAAUGCGCAUAACAACACAACUGAGACUGAGAUCCAAGUCAGGACUUCUCGUAGCAGACUACCUAUUCAAUCCACAGGAGAAAUCCAGAGUGAAUAUGUAAAGGAAAAAUCAGGAGUGCCUUCGGGAGAGCAAUUGAUCAAGCAAGAAGAAAGGGAAAUAGGGGAUACUGGUCUCAAGCCUUACUUACAGUACUUGAGUCACAAUAAGGGCUUUCUAUAUUUUUCCUUGGCAAAUAUAUUUCACAUGAUGUUCAUAAUUGGGCAAUUCAUACAGAACUUCUGGUUGGCUGCUGAUAUCCAGAAUUCUACUGUCAAUAGAGUAAAACUGAUCACAGUUUACACACUGAUUGGAUGUGGCUUGGCAAUAUUCUUGUUCCUGAGAUCAUUAUAUUUGGUUGUCCUGAGUUGUAGCGCAUCAGAGUCCAUUUUCUCCACACUGCUGAAAUCUCUUUUCAGAGCCUCAAUGUCCUUUUAUGACUCAACACCUCUAGGGAGGAUACUCAGCCGGGUGUCUUCUGAUCUGAGCAUCAUCGACCUUGAAAUAGCUAUCAAGUCAGUAGUUGCAGUUGGAUCAACCAUGAAUGCCUACUUAAUGCUUGCAGUGCUGGGAAUUCUUGCCUGGCCAGUUGUGUUUGUUAUCAUUCCCACAGUUUACCUAAGCAUACUCCUUCAGAAACACUAUUUUGCUUCUUCAAAGGAGUUGGUGCGAAUCAAUGGAACCACAAAGUCUGUAGAGGCCAGCUACCUUGCUGAAUCCAUUGCUGGAGCCAUGACAAUACGAGCUUUUGGGGAGCAAGAACGAUUCUUUAAAAAGAAUCUAGACAUUAUUGAUGCCAAUGCAAGUCCUUACUUCCAUAGCUUUUCCGCAAAUGAGUGGUUGAUCCAACGCUUGGAGAUACUGUGUGCAGUUGUUCUCACAUUGUCUGCUCUUGCCCUGACUCUUAUUCCUUUGGGAGCAUCUUCUUCAGGUUUAUUCAUCCGUAGCUUUGAGAAAAAUAUCAAUAGAAUCUCCUCAUAUUUGGAUCAAUUAUUAUCUAACAAUUCAUAAUUUGAUGGCAGGAGGCUACUUUAUCAGAAAAAGAAGUAGACAAAGGACCACGAAGAUAAAGAGUGGGAAGCUCAAUGGAAGCUUCAGGUUGAAUCAUUUUGUAUUGCUACUGCUCAGCUUUUCUCUCUCUCUCUCUCUCUCUCUCUCUGUGAAUAGCUAAAAUUCCAGUUUCUUUCCACUGCUGACACUUCUUCAUGAGCUUCAGAUCAGGCUCUAAAAGACUUUCCUGUUAAUAUGAGAAUUUAUUUACUUUGUUCCAAGUUCAAUCUAUGAAAGAUGUUUUGAUGUUAAUUGGCUUGGAUUUUUUUAUUUUUGUAGCUUUGCACUUUUUCUUGGUAGGAAUACAAGUUCCAUUCCAAU